AGCUCUGAGGAAGACGGACGAAGCUGUCAACGAACCAAAACAAACCGUGCUUGUUUCGUAACAAUUGGUAUCUUUUUGGUUCGAGUAAGUUUGUUUUAUUCAUAUUUAUCCAAUAGUUAAGAAAGUGUCUCUUGAAACAACUUGUACUAAUUCAACUGCACGAUGAGACUUACUAGUGCUCUGUGGAAAAUUGGUGAUGUUUCAAAAAAGUUUUCCAAUUUGCCCGAUUCGUACAUUAAAAGGAGCAUGGAGCAGGUGUAUUGGAAAACUCCUCGGGGCAAACCACAGUAUCUUCCUCGAACAGUCGAACGUAAAAAGUUCCGCUUUACUACCAAUCGUCCCUGGUCUGGACAUUUUCGGCAGCAGAAUAUGCCUGGCACGAUUCGGAAGAAAGUUUUCGUUGAACCCAUUGAAAAUUGGUCGUUUUUUAAAGGCGAUCGUGUAGAAGUACUUGUUGGUAAAGACAAAGGCAAACAGGGUAUUGUCAACCAAGUCAUUCAAGAACGGAACUGGGUCAUUGUAACAGGUUUGAAUUGCCACCUUCGGAAAGUUGCCGAUGAAAAAGAUUAUCCAGGAAUUAUGCUCAAAUCAGAAGCUCCACUGCUAGUGACUCAUCAGGUUCGGUUAGUGGAUCCGUCGGAUCUACUUGGUACAGGUAUCGAAUGGCGGUACACGGAGGACGGAAAAAAGGUUCGCGUAUCUACUCGAACUGGACGAAUUAUUCCUAUACCAGAAUCCAACGAAGAGACACACGAUUAUAAAGCUAAAAGUGUGUAUGUAGAACGACCAAAAGACACAUUGGCGGAUGUCGUUAAAGAGAUCACAUUUAAGCCGGCAUUGCGCACUUUCGAAAUGGACAUUUUACACGAUAUGGGUAUUGAGGAAGAUAGGAUACCGAAGAAGACAUUCUGGUAUUAGUAAUUGGAGUGAAUAUAUUCUGUUUCUUGUAUGUCAAA